AUGGCUGCACUGCCGUUGAAAGGUCCGGCGACAGUCGUCGACGUGACCGUAGACGCCGAUGCCCUGAACUGCGGCGUCUGCUGCCUCCCGCUCAAGUCGCCUAUCUUCCAGUGUAAAGUCGGGCACGUGAUAUGCUCGCCGUGCAGAGACAAUCUGGCGGCGGAGGGGAGGUGCCACGUGUGCCAAGAUCCGAUUUCCGGCGGCUACCAACGGAGCUAUGACAUGGAGAAACUGGUGGAGUCUAUCCGGGUGCCUUGCUCCAACGCCGCCUACGGCUGCUCCGCCAGGCCGACCUACAGUCAACAGCACGAGCAUGUCCGGUCGUGCCAACACCUGCCGUGCCACUGCCCGGCGGACACGUGCGGCUUCGUCGGAUCCACGUCGGUGCUCCUGGACCACUUCGCCGUUGUGCACAGGUGGCCAUGCACGACCGAGCUUCGGACCUGGAAGUGCGUCGACGUCCAACUCCGUGACGACUUCAACGCCGCCUAUGUUCGUGUUGGCGGCAUGCAGUACCUGUUCCUGCUAAACGUGGCGCGGCAACCAUUUGGCCGCUCAAUCUCCGUGUUCUGCGUACAUCCUCGGGCACCCGUCGAGGAGUCGUCGCCAACGCCCGUGGGAUUCGAGGUCAGGCUCAAAUACUCUCGCAACGACUACGGCCACGGUGACAUGUGCCGCGGCCACAGCCAGGAAACUAAGUUCAAAGUAGCGUGCACUGAUCUCUCCGAUGGGCUUCCGAAUUCCGAGGGCUCUUUCGAGAUCGUUCUGCCCAAGUGCGUUCAUCCACUUGACAUGGAUACUAUCACUGCCAUUUUCGACGUGCUCAAUGUUACCACAAGUGGAUGA